GUCAUCCACAUCCUAUUUACUUCCUUCAACUGUGAUGUCGACAAACUCCACGUCUUAUGUUAUCGUGUCAGCAAUGAGUAUAAUUCUGUUGUAAGGUUAUUGCUCAUAAGUGUUGGUCUAUAUAGUUUGACACAAACAAAAUUCCGGGGUAGACUGUGAGCUUGCAGAGAUUGAAGGAAAACCGCUAUAAGACAUCUGUCACACAUGGAAGACUACAAAUAUCUGUUUAAGGUUGUUCUCAUUGGUAAUGCUGGCGUUGGCAAAACAUGCUUGGUGCGGAGAUUUACUCAGGGCUUAUUCCCCCCUGGGCAGGGUGCUACGAUUGGUGUGGACUUCAUGAUAAAAACAGUGGAAGUGGAAGGAGAGAAAGUCAAGUUGCAGAUCUGGGAUACUGCAGGACAGGAGAGAUUCCGCUCCAUCACUCAGAGUUACUAUCAUUCCGCCAAUGCUCUUAUUUUGGUGUACGAUGUCUGCUGCCAGACAUCAUUUGAAAGUUUGCCCCAAUGGCUUCGAGAGAUUGAGAUGUAUGCAAGUACUAAGGUCCUUGCCUAUCUAGUCGGCAACAAGACGGACCAGAUAAACAAACGAGAGCUGCCUACACACGUUGGCCAACAGUUUUCUGAGAGAUACGAGAUGAAAUUCAUGGAAACAUCUGCCAAAGAGGCUGAUAACGUGGAGAAGUUGUUCAUGGACAUUGCCCGAGACUUGACGAAACAAGCCCGUGAACACGACCUGAAGCCAGAGGUCCAUAAACCCUUCCCCUCCGGAGGUUCUACACCAAUAUCAACCUUCAGCUGCUGCAAGAUCUGAACACCCUCUCCAGCAUAGUGGACUCUACCUUUACUGUAGGUGGAACAUGCCAUUGUGAGCAGAUGGUGUGAUUUGACAGGUGCCAGGCACGCACAGCUUGUAUUAGAACAGGAAGCUUUGUGCUACAAAUUUCAUUAUUUCAUGUGGCAGAUUAGAUGGUUAUGGUGCAGGGAAAUAGUUGGUCUGUAUCUGUGAUUAUUAUAUGAUGCAAAGAUUUCCACUAUAUUCAUUGGCCGAGAAGCAGUCAUGCCAUUCGACAGAAACACAUAUUGACCCAAGUCAGGUCUGAUAAUUUACGGUAUUGACUUAAGUUACUAAAAAUAGACUGUGAAUUACCCAGCAGUGGUAUUCCCCCAAUCAGAUGUCUCCAUUUGUUUGAAAUUUGCUCUCUUUAUUAUAUUAAAAAAAAAAAAAAACUAAAACAAGGAAAUUAAGCUGUUAAACUUUUCCUUGCUAAAUUUUCACCAUUUUAGCACAAUCAAUCCUAACCAAUGUUAUUGCAAUAUGUUGCUGAUUUUCGAGGCUAUCAUAGCUGGAGAAGAAGUUCUUUUCAGGUUAAUUAACAUGAAUAAAAAAGAAUAUGAUGAAAAGUUAAUAAUGUUGAAAUGUUUUAAAGUUUCUUGCUCUUGCUCUUAGAGAACAAACAAGUAGGAUUUGUAAAUGACAUUUUGUCAGUCAAAACGUAAUACUUUAUAUCAUUAUUAUUAUUUUGCCGAAGUAAUUGUGAAACAACUAGAAUUAAUGGCCUUGUCUUACUGUGAGUCUGUUGGUGUAUAUCAGCCUCCAUAUCCUUGUAAUGUGCCACAUGUAUAUGCCCUGUGAAGGCUAUCCCCUGGUGAUAAUGUGACUGUUAGUCGAUGCUGCUUGCGGGAAGAUGUUGUGUUCAAAUGUUUAUUUUUUAACACCAAGUCUUUAAGACUUGCCACUACAGCAAAAGCUUUUCUGUAAUAUUUGAAACACAUCUGUAACGUUUGCAUAUGAUUUGCACUUUAAGAUGCAAAUUGUGUUUAAAUUUCUUUUCCUUUGUGUAUAAACUCAUGUACAAUGUUGCCAGAGAAUGUAUGUCUUUUGAAAGUUUCAAACAGCUUCCAAGUUGUGUUUAGAUUUACCAAUGUCCAUUAAUUGUAAACAAGUUAUGGAUGAAGUGCAUUGUAUUACUGUUUAUUUGAUUUUUGUAAACCAACAGUAUUGUUUGUUGUGUAAAUAUCCCACCGAGUGAGGGAAUAGUCACCAAUUAUACACAUUAUUUCUGAGCAGAAGCGGGGCGGUCGGGUAGCCUAGUGGUUAAAGCGUUCGCUCUUCACGCCGAAGACCCGUGUUCGAAUCCCGACAUCGGUACAGUGUGUGAAGCCCAUUUCUGGUGUCCCCCGCCGUGAUAUUGCUGGAAUAUUGCUAAAAGCGGCGUAAAACCAAACUCACUCACUCACUCUGAGCAGAAGUACUGGUAUGUGUGUUAAAACAAUGUUAUUGUUGUGAUACAGCAGUUUAUAUGUGGUCUUUGUGAGUACAGUGAUAAAAAAACAUUUCAACAUGAACGUAAGCAAAUCAUUGACACCUGAGUCUCACACGGCUUCUUUUUAUUGUUAUUACUAUUAGAAUACUGUUCCUAUUUAAAUAUAUUGUCCGAAUAUUAUAGUGUUACCUAGUCAAAUGCGACACAGAUCUACAUUAAUUAUACAUGUUCUUGGCCUACUUGUGCAAUGUUAUUGUUUGCAGUUUCAUAAGUGGGACCUGUAACCUGUAUUAUAGUAGAAAAUUAAGCAAUGUUUGCUCAUCCCCAAAGAAUACUCAUUUUGAUAAAUGAUCAAAUAUGCAUAUUAUUUUUUGUACUAUUGUUUUCUGAUUUUUACUCUCUUUUUUUUUUUUUAAGCAAAUAAUCAAACUUGCCUUUAAAAUUCAUGAUAUAACAAAUCUUGCGACUUUCUACAAAUGUUGAUGAUUUUGUUUAUGUCCUGGGACACAGAAUACAUGAGGAUGAGAUGCAGGGGUGACAUGAUGCUGAAAUGUGCAUCAAGGACUGAAAUGUAGAGAAUGGACACCAAAAAGAAGAGUGUUGCAUCCCGAGGGACACACAAAAAUACUCAUUGUACCAAAUUCUUGACACAAAGUUAAUAGUCUAGUAAUUAGAAUAAUGAUCUAAUCUCAUAGUAUUGUAUACUACACCAUUUCACACUUUCAUAAUUCCUAAGUAGUUUUGGGAUGUCUUUUUAAGGUCAAGGUAAAACCCUGACGGAUGUCUGUACAACUUGUGUACAAUAGGAUUUUCACUAGUUUCUGAAUUGCAUUUAUUAAUCUACUCAGAUAUUUAAACAUCACUGAGGUCAGUAAGAAGGACAGGUCUGAAAAUACACUAACUGCUCACCCGACAUCUUGCUUUUAUCUGAAAAUAUUACAUGAAAAUAUUAUAAAAUGAAGAUUCUCAUUGAAUCACUAAUAUUUGAUAAUAUGGUUUAAGUUAACCAAAGUAUUGAUAUCUGAAUAUUCUUAGUAUUGGUUACCAUGGUAAUGAUUUUAGUUGUCUACCCUGUUUAUAUUGCACUGAUGAGCUACCAUACCUUCCUAAGCUUAAUGAAGUGCAGUAUUCACUUGGUAGAUUGUACAAAUAUGUUUGUUUUUGUAUUAUAUUGUUACAACUUUGUAAACUAUAUCAGUUUGUAUUCAAGCCUAGUGCUGGUUAGAAAACAUUGUAAUGAAGUGCUAAAUUUUUCUCAGUUUGAAUAAAGAAUAAAUUAUUAAUAAUGAGAAAUAUUGUGUAAAAGGGGACAUCGUUAUGCUUGUUUUUAUUUACAUCGCAUGUAUAUGUUCAUUACAGACUAAAAAUGUUUCCGUAUUUGUCGUUACGUGUGAAGUGAAACACUAAUUGUUCUUCAGAUGGUAAGGCGUGACUUACUACUGACGGUGCAUCAGAGUAUCACUGAGACGUGCUCAACUGGUUUAGAGACUGCUGUAGUUGAUAUGAUUAUGUAUUGUAAAUCAACAAGCCGAGAGAACCUUUAGUUUGACUUCAAUGACAGAAAAAAGAGGCCCUCUUAAGGUGUAGGUCUUUGGACGUGUCUGUAAAUGAGGCAUCUUCUGUGCCUAUUUUGAUGCUGCAAUGUUGAUUUAACUGAAUGUUUUGCCUAUUUACCUGGGAUUGAAUAGAACUCACUUCUCUAUGAGUUGGUUGUUAAGGUCAUGCAUCUUGAUCAGACAGUUUUCACUCAGAUUUUCACCUGAAGUUUGGCUUAUCUGCAGCUUGGUCAUGUGAUUGGGAAAAAGGCCCUUUAGGGGUUAGUCGAUCAGAAUUAUUUCAAAAUAUAUGCAUGUUUGUUCUACCAGUUGAGCACAGCCUCCAAGUUAGAAUAUGUACUGGUACCGUCAUGAAAUGAAUGGAAAAAUAUAUCUCCAUAUUUCAUAUUAUUCAUAUCCCAAAUUAAAAAUUAACAUGAAAUGAAGCUAUUACUAAAUAUAGAGACAUUAAUUCUAAAUUUUUGACAUGAUUUAAGUAGACAAAAUAUUGGAAAAAAAUUGCAAUAAGAGAUUAAGUAUUGUUGGACUAAGUGAAUAGCACAUAAGAUAAAGAUAUGUCCUUGAAUAAGAUCUAUUGGAUUUCCAUUUCAUUUAAAUGUUUCAUUGUCAAGCCUAAGAUAAUUGUUUUUCUAGUCUUUUCUUUUUUUAUGAAUUAUAUUUAUUACCUCAGGGUGUGAAAGUAAUUUGUUAUUAACUAGAAAGAUAACAAAACUUGUUUUAUGGUGCUGUUUUCUAUAGGACAUGAUAGAGUGCAAGUGACAUUUAUGACAGGGAUUAUCCCUAAUGGAUAAUCCUUAGGAUUAAUAGGUUCGGUACUAGGCUAUAUUCCCAUUGUCUUAGUUUUGACAUUUACCAGUAUAUAUAUACUGUCUCUUUGCUUCUGGCAAUAUGGACAAGAUUGCCUGUGGGAUAAUUAUCAUUAUUGAAUUGUUACAUUCAAACACCAGUUUUCUCCCUUAGGCUAAAGAGGGUAAGGACAACUCGAUUCAGUGGUAUAAUAGGGUGACAAUAUUAGCAUUGUUUUAUUCAUUACUGGUAUCUAGAGGUGGAAACAAAAUUUGGUGUAUUUCUGCUGACAUGUUAAGUGCCUGAGUACCAACAAUAGUAUUUGCUGUAUUGUCACAGUAAGAGCUAGGUCAGAAGGAGAUAUACAUAAUCCCAUGGUUAGUUUCAAGUCCAGCCGUAUCUUGUUUAACUUACUGGGCUUCCAGUUUUGCUGUAUACUCCCCAGGGUGUUGAUAAAGACAUUUACGAGCACACUGAUCCAUUGAGUGGUGUAAUAAUUAGGGCUGGGACGGGUAAUUUGGAUUGUCCUUCAAACAUAAACCUGUUUGAAAUGGACAUGUUGAUUGAAGUCAUACCAGAAUCACUACUUUGCAAUAUAUGAAAAUAUAGAUCUGAUAAUAUAACAAUUGUUUGACUACAGGCAAGAUUCCUACAACUGCCAUGUGCUUAAAGCAUUCAGUACUCAAUACUAUUGUGCAAUGCUCUUCAUUUGCUGUGAGAAUCAAGUUGAUUUCACUCUGAUAUUGUACUAAUGAAACAUAUAUGACGCUUUGUUUGAUCAGUAUUACUUGGAAGCUGACACAAUUUAUGGAUAACAACUUCUUUAAUACUGUAAAGGCGCUGUUUUGAUAUAGAUCCUUUUACUGUGGACAAGUAAGACUGGCUUGACAACGGUAUACGUCGCCUUUACUGUAUUAAAGAAGUUGUUAUCCAUAAAUUGUGUCUACUUUAUAUGACACUGUUCGUUCUCUGAAAACCCAAGUUUAACUACCAGUUGUUAUGAAGAAAUAUGUGUGAAAGAGAAAGUCUAACGAAACAAAUCUUUGUGUUUUUUUCUGUACAAUUAGGCCAAACCAUGUCAAUUUGUGUGUUUGCAGAUUUCAUGGUCAAUAUGCAAAAUAAAAAAGCAAUGUUAAAGUUUAUUUGAGGUUACUUUCUUGAAAAUUUCCUUGAAAUAUAAGUUUUACCUUCAUUAUUGAUAUGAAUGUGUUUACAAAACAUAUAGAGGGGAUCCAAUGAAACAUAAUUUAUUUUUAUUAUUCACUCGUCCGUACAAAAUAAAUAAAAAUUUAUCUAUCUCAAUCUUUGUAUCACAAGGAAAGUACUUUGUAUGUUAAGGUAGAUUUGCUAUGUGAAAGAGAUGUAAUAUUUAGAUGAAAUAGUUAGAGUGGUACCAGCUGUAAAGGACGUGAUGAGAUCUGUAAACAUUCUCCCACAUCUUCUCUUUCUAUUUCCUUACAGUUCUGUCAACAGGAGAAGCAUUAUGAGAUAAGAUGGAAAGAUCAAUGGUUCUCUGUCAGUGUUCUGUCUCUAUACCAACAACAGACUCAGGUUGAUGAACUCCCUACAGCAGUGUUGUAGUGUUAAGAACAAUAGACAUCCUGUGGUGGAGCUUAGCUAUUGUUAAUUUGAUUGAUCAUGCGCAUGAAAAAGCAGUCUGGAUUCUGGACACUUUCAUCAGCCUCAUGUCUGUUGUCUGGGUAGUGAGCAAGAUGACUGUUCCGGUAACAGAGUAACCAGUUUAAGGGAAAAGUGUUACAAAGAUUUUAUUUAUUUUUAAUUUUUUUAAAUUGAGACAAAUUUUUUUAUACAAACUUAUUCAAUAUGUCCGAAAUGGAAUAAUUACAAAUGCUGUGGUUGUAAAUGUUUUUGAACAUUUUUGUUUGUUUAAAAUAAAUUAAUCAAUUACCCUCAAAUUAAAACUGGUUAAGUAUGGUUAAGGUACUUUUUUAUUUUACCUAUUACCUAUUGGUAUAUUGACCAUGAAAUCGGGUACGGAAGAACAGAAAUUGAAUUUGUUCCAGCUUUAUAUAUAAAAUAAUGUAAAUGUAAAAUAAUAAAUACAUCAUUGCAGUCUGGAUUUCGAGAUCCCUGUAUAAGAUAGUUAAUGUGUAUUGUUUUUUCUAGUUACCCGAUGAGAUGUUUAGACAAUUGACACACGUCAUAACAGACAUAUUUUUAAAGAUGACGGCGACCUCAGGAGAGUCACACUGUUGAUUAUUUGUGUUUUGUAUGCUAUGAAAGUAUUGAUGUUGAUACACUGUACAGUGCUGUGGUCCGUUACUUUGUUAUAUGUAUAUUGUACCUCACUCAAGCACCUGUCUUACAUUCAGUGCACAUCCAAAUUUAAAUAUUUUUUAAAACAAAAUCUGCAAGGUGUGCCUCAGUCUGUGAUAAAUUUGUGUAGAUAUUCUAGUCCCACCUAAGCUAUUUUUUGUGUAUUCUUUUUCUAAAACGUCCACUUUUAAAUCUAACAGUGCUAUGUGUUAUUUUGUAUUGUUUAUAGGACCUAUUAUUUGCAAUUGUCAAGACGCAAUAGUAAUGUGAUGCUAUAUCUGUGUCAUAUACCUGUAGUAUGUAUCUGUAUUAUAUAUUUGUAUUAAUGAAUUGAUUGGUAAACUGUCUUCAGAAAAUCUGCGUAGUUCCUACACAAUGACAUCAACUUAGCAUUUUGAUGCAAAAUUGCUUACCAAGAGUUGAGUAACAUUCACUCGCUUCAACAAAGUGGGCAUUCACGCUUUGUGGAUUUGUAUUAAUCAUAGCCAAUGUUUGACCCAAAAAUCCAACCCCAAAACAGUUAAGAUAUAACAAAACGUCCAAAGACUUUUCAUUUUCAGAAACUGCAGUAAUCUAGACUUGCCAAUUAUUACAGAGGGUUGUAUUGGAUAUACUGGGUCUGUAUGAUAAGACUAAAAGUAAUGUGCCUUAUCACUAAAUUGAACUCUACCUAAAAUGAACUCUACCAACUAGUCAACCUCUAUUAUAACAGACUCUACCAGCUCUCCAACCUCUACCAACUAGUCAACCUCUAUUAUAACAGACUCUACCAGCUCUCCAACCUCUACCAACUAGUCAACCUCUAUUAUAACAGACUCUACCAGCUCUCCAACCUCUACCUAAAAUGAACUCUACCAACUAGUCAACCUCUAUUAUAACAGACUCUACCAGCUCUCCAACCUCUACCUAAAAUGAACUCUACCAACUAGUCAACCUCUAUUAUAACAGACUCUACCAGCUCUCCAACCUCUACCUAAAAUGAACUCUACCAGCUGGCUCAGCUGCAAGUUUUUCUUAAUAUGGUUUACCUGAAGUUCAUGCCAGCAUUGUGUGUAUGUUAAAAUCAUUUUGCCUCUUUAUAUGCAUUUAUUGAGGAAUGCUGUCUCCUGAUCGUGUUUUUUGUUUAUGGUAUUGAUCAUGUUUAUUUGUGCAGUUUAAGUCAUUCUUGCUCAAGGUAGAUAUAUAUGCUUCAGGUAGUUCUAGAUGACGAUAAUCAUGAUGUCACAUAAAGCUGAUGUUCAGUGGAACACAGCUGUCUUAAUGGAACUCUGUCCUUGAAGAAAGUGAUUCCCUGCUAUAAAGAUCUGAAAUGACAUCAUAUACUACAAAAAAGAGAGUUAAGGAUCGCCCGAUUCUUUUAUAUUACAAUAGUUAUUCUGUGAUGCCAUCACAGAUUAACUAUAGUAAUAUGAAACAAUUGUGUGAUCCUUAAUUUUAUUGGUAUAUUUUGUUGAUAAUUCAAAAUCAGAAAACCCUUUGACAAGUCUCAAUCGAUGAACUUGGUAAACAACUAAUCAGCACCAAGGCUCCCAAAUUGGUAUGUGCCAGCUUUGAUUUCAGAGCAUCAUAUCUGACUUCUGUUUCGAAAAUGAACAUAAACAGACAUUUCCAAAUGUAAUAUGAUAAAGGUUGUGCUAUGUUUAUACACCCUGUCGUUUCUGAGCGCCAUGGAAUCUUCACCCAAGAUGUUCUAUCACAUGAAUAUCUGUGUUCUGUGUAGGCUUUCUUUUGUUAAGUAGAAUUUCGGAAUCAAGGUGGCACAGAUAUCUUUUUGGCUCAAAAACAUUCUGAUUGGGUGGUCAAAAUUUGCUCAGGGUUAGCCUGGUGCGACUUCAUUUUUUAUGGUUUGGCAGAUACUCUUGCAGAAAUGUUUUGUAUCGGAGUAAUAGAUCUGAUUUUUGUUUGUUUUGGAAAUAGAGCCUUCUCUGUUUAACCAGAGGACGGAUCACUUCUAUCAGAUUUCCAGUAGUACAUCUAAACAUGGGAAGAAUCUUCACAAGAGACCACAUGAACCCAUUCUGUGUUCAUUCAGGGAAUCAAAAACAAUUCAUGAAACACUUCUGUCUAAGAUGGCAGUUUUAGCUGUGAAAUGCAGAAUAUAGAGCCAUUUUGGCUGCUUUCAUUCACUGAAUAGUUAAAAUGAAUGACAAACCAAAGAUGUUUGAUUUAUUUAUGCAAACACGUUUUUCUUGCCAUCAGGUGAAGUCUGUGUGAGUUAAUGUUUAAGUUGCAUGUAACCUGAAUAUAUUUUGUCAAACAGAAUUCCAUAAUUGUGAUCUUCACAAGCCAUUGCCCAGUGUAUUCAUUUAUUGAGCAUGAUAUAACAUAUAUCAGAAAUAAACCGAUACAUUCACAA